AUGAGAGGGGCCACGCAGGUGUCCGUGGUGCUGCUCCUGGUGGCAGUGUCCGACUGUGCCGUGAUCACCGGGGCCUGUGAGCGGGAUGUCCAGUGUGGAGCGGGCACCUGCUGUGCCAUCAGCCUGUGGCUCCGGGGUCUGCGGAUGUGCACCCCGCUGGGCCGAGAGGGAGAGGAGUGCCACCCGGGGAGCCGCAAGAUCCCCUUCUUCAGAAAGCGCCAGCAUCACACCUGCCCGUGUUUGCCCAACCUUCUGUGCUCCCAGCACCUGGGCGGCAGGUACCGCUGCUCCGAGGACUUGAAGAACAUCAACUUUUAG